GUAGUUUUAGCCUCGGAAACGGAAACUUGGCAAAGGCGUACAUACGUGAUAUUUGUAAGUUUUAUAAGCAAUUCAAUAGUAAUUAUUUAAUUUUUAGAUACGUACUAAAUUAUAUGAUAAUAGCUAAUAAACAACCAACCAGCGUCGUUGAACUAUUCAUACAGAACAUUGCGUUGCAGUGGACAUUUAUACGUACCCAGGGAGUUUAUGAAAUGAAUCUGAACAAAAAAUACAUUAACUAUGUGCACUUUAUAAAAUCUUUAAACAAACAAAACAAAACAUAUAGUAACAAUGUGCAUUUAACAAAAGCCCGGAUUUUGGAUUUAAUAUUGUUUCCAGUCAUGCUUCAGCAUCCAGAUGAGGACAAUACAAUGCAAGCAGUAUGUUUCAAAGAACCAGGUGGGCCAGAGAAGCUGUAUUUAGGACGAGUUCCCAAACCUGAACCUAAAGAUGGGGAAGUCCUUGUUAAAGUCUAUGCAACAGCUUUAAACAGGGCUGAUGUGUUACAGAGGAAAGGUCUUUACCCAGCUCCUCCAGGAACAGGUGAGAUCCUUGGUCUGGAGGCUGCUGGUAUGGUCACUGGUUUUGGCCCUGGACUCAGGACGAAUUAUAAGCUUGGCGAUAAGGUCAUGGCUUUGCUUUCUGGAGGAGGAUAUGCACAAUAUGUAGCUGUGCCUGAGGAACUUCUCAUGCCAGUCCCUUCGCAUCUCACUCUCGAUGAAGCUGCAGCAAUCCCAGAGGCCUGGCUGACUGCCUACCAACUUCUGCACUUAAUAGCCCAAGUUAAGGAGGGAGAGUCAGUGUUAAUUCAUGCUGGAGCGAGCGGAGUCGGCACUGCUGCCAUUCAGCUUGCUCGUCUGUUUUGUGCUAUUCCAUUGGUGACUGCUGGAAGCCCUGAUAAGUUAAAGAUUGCAGAAAAACUGGGUGCAGCUGCUGGGUUCAAUUACAAAGAUGGGGAUUUCUCUGAUAAGAUUCUGCAGUUCACUCAAGGCAGGGGGGUUGAUGUCAUCCUUGACUGCAUAGGUGGAUCUUACUGGGAGAAGAACUUGCGUAGUUUGGCUAUGGAUGGAAGAUGGGUGCUCUAUGGUGUUAUGGGUGGGAAAGCAGUGGAUGGAGACUUGCUUGGCAAACUUUUAUUUAAGCGCGGUCACAUUCUCAGUAGUCUCCUCAGGUCACGGAGUCUACAGUAUAAAGCUGAGCUAGUUGGGAGCUUCAUCGAGCAGGCUUUGCCACACUUUCAGUCAGCAGAGCUGCCCACGUCACUGAAGCCUAUAAUCGACACAAUCUUCAACAUGGAAGACAUUACUGAGGCACACAGACACAUGGAGGCCAACAAAAAUACUGGAAAAAUCAUAAUCAAAGUUUCAGAGACUUGAUCAGCUUCUUCAUACUGAUUAUCUCUAGGACAUGUCUUACAUUUUAACAUGCAUGCAUCUAUCGAACACUCAGAAGCAUUUUUAUUGCAAAUGCAAUAAAGAUCAAAGAUCAAAUUCAUACAAAACUGUUUGCAUCUCAGUCAGCUGAUAUAAUCAACAUUCUGCAGAGGUGUGAACUCAAGCCACAUGACUCAAGUCAGACUACAGUCAAAAAUUUGUUGACUUCAGACUCAUGUUUGAAAAAAUAAUUAUAAAUGUUAAUAAAUGUUUUUAAGCCAAAA